AACUGACUGUGAUCAAUAUGAGUCAACAAAGUGACUCUGUGGAUCUGCUUGGAGGAUACAAGCCAGUGGAUCUUAUUCAAGUCAUUCAUCCAAUUAGAGAAGCUUUUCUUGAAUUUUUCCCUCUAGUAAUAAAUGCUGACAAAAAUGCUAAAUUUUUACAACAUAUAUCUAACUGCUAUUAUAAAAGGAAAUAUGAAGAACUACUUGGACUUAUGCUUCAUGCACAAAAAAAUAUUGUUGAUCUAUUUGAAAAAAAAUACAGCUCAUCAGCAAAGCAUGUUAUGAUGAUCAGUAAAUGGAGAACACUGGGUGAGAAAAUUCAAAGAAUAAAACAACAAAUGCAACAAAUGAAAAAUGCACUUGCAUUUAAGUUUAUAGAGGGUGCAUUGAUUAAAGCAAUGAAAAAUGGUGAGUGGCUAUUAUUGGAUGAAAUUAAUCUAGCUGAGGCUGAGACUCUUGAAUGUUUGGCUGGUAUUUUAGAAAAAGAUGACAAUACACUUCUUUUACUGGAAAAAGGGAAUAAAGAACCUAUUGCAAGACAUCCAGAUUUUCACGUAUUUGCAUGCAUGAAUCCAGCCACUGAUAUUGGAAAAAAAGAUCUUCCAGCCGGUAUACGGAGCAGAUUUACAGAAUUUUUCGUUCAAGAAAUUGAUGAUAAAAUGGAUCUCACAAUAUUGGUGCAAAUGUACCUUAGGGGCUUGUCUUUAAACCCAUCUGUUAUAGAAAAUGUAGUAGAGUUCUACAGUUUUAUUAAAAAAGUUGCCACCGAAAAGUUAAAUGAUGGCACAGGACAUCAUCCACAUUACAGUUUGAGAACACUUUGUAGAGCUCUAAAAUGUGCAUCCUCCAAUCCUUGCCACAAUGUUCCUCGUUCACUGUAUGAGGCCUUUUGUUUGAGUUUUUUAUCGCAGUUGGACAAUGAAUCACAUCCUUUUGUCACAUCUGCUAUUGCAAACCAUUUGUUGGGAAAAAAACACUUAUCAAUAUUAAAGCAAAGUAUACCAGAACCAAGAAGUGGCAAACACGUUCCUAUUCUAGGAUAUUGGAUUUUGAAAGGAAAUCAAGAAACUAGUUGCUCUGAAAAUUAUAUUUUUACGAACACUGUCUACAGAAAUCUUCAUGAUUUAGCUCGAAUUGUUUCUGCUGGGCGAUAUCCAGUUCUGUUGCAGGGUGAAACUUCAGUUGGCAAAACUAGUCUUGUGCAGUGGCUUGCUAAAGCAACUGGGAAUGUAUGUGUACGGGUAAAUAACCAUGAGCACACAGACAUUCAAGAGUAUGUUGGAACAUACAGUGCUGAUGAAAAUGGAAAACUGGUUUUCAAAGAAGGAAUAUUAGUUGAAGCUAUGAGAAAUGGCUAUUGGAUUAUUCUUGAUGAAUUAAAUCUUGCUCCUACUGAAGUCAUGGAAGCUCUUAAUAGAGUUCCAGGUUCUAUCCAAAUCAAACAAUGCCUACUAUCGCUUCGGAGGCUAAACCUAAACUCAUCUGUAAAGUCUUCCAUUGAUCAGCUGUCCAGUGGACAUAUUGACAUGCCUCCUCAAAUGUUCUCUUAUAUGAUGUGA